CAGUCAGCCACAGCAGUAUUCUUAGGACAAUCAAUAUCUGAUAAAGUCAUUCAUGGUCAAGUUGAAAAUGUUAAUGUAUCAACUAAAAAUUCAUCCAAAUCAACACAGCCUAUUGUAUAUCAAACUUCAGAAGAUUAUGUGAUAGAAAAUGAAAUUUUGAACGUUGAUGAUGUUCAAAGUCAGACAGAUGAAAUAUUAGAAUUUGAAUUUGUAUACCUGGAAAAACUCACAGAAUCAGAUAUAACACAAGAG